GCCACCCUCAAUUACUCCCUGAACAACCCGGUCUUAAUUUACUCUAUUUUACAUACGCAAUCAAAAGAAGGAGACUAGCUAUCUGACGAUCCUCUCAGUCAGCAUGACUACAACUACCUCGUCUCCGAGGACGAUCCUCGUCACUGGCGCCGCGCAUGGCAUUGGCCUCGCAACAGCACAACAUCUCAACGAGAAAUAUCGAGACGACAACAUUAUCCUCACGGAUCUUCCGGUCUAUAGAACCAUUACUGAAUACCAGAUUAAGACAUCCUUCCUGUAUCCUGACAAGGCGAGUUUCCUCCCUGCUGAUAUCCUGGACUGGGGACAGAUGACGGCUCUGUUCCGGACCAUUGUGCAGCAAUACGGUAGGGUGGAUGUCGUCGUUGCGAAUGCGGGAGUGAUGGAGUCGAAACCCGUCUUGGAUCUGGAGGAUGUGGAUGAGCGGACGGGGGAAUUGAAGGAGAGUGUGGAGGGCUGGUGGGUCCUGGAUGUGAAUUUGAAAGGGACGGUUAAUACGCUUCGGCUGGCAAUGUAUCAUAUGAAAAAGAAUGAACGGCCCGGCUCGGUCGUGCUGGUUACUUCGACCUCGGGGUAUUUUGGAGGCACGGGUGUCACGGCUUAUGUGGCCUCCAAACAUGGGGUUGUGGGGUUGCUGCGGGCAUCGCAGGUUACAGCGCAGAAGUAUGGCAUUCGAGUUAAUGCAGUUGCACCAUUCAUGACCCCAACGACCAUGACGGCUGGUUUUUCACAGCGCUGGCAGGAUGCGGGGCUCGAGACAAACACCCCCGAACGCGUGGCGGAGGUUAUUGCGCAGGUCGCGUUGGAUACGACCCGGAAAGGGUCUUGUACCCUUGUCGCUGGAAGAUAUCUCCGGGAGAUGGAAUCUACGAGGGCGGCGCUGCUCUCGACAUGGCUGGGCGACGACGUUGCUGGCUUCAUGGGCAAGGCCAUGCGGUUUGUUGCGGAUAUUGGAGGCUAUGUGCUCCCGAGUCGAAGUCGAGCGACUUGAUUGCAUGUAUUCACGUGAAAGAUACCUGCUUUAGGUUACCA